AUGGACGAACUCAAACUCCGGCCAGCCAGAGCGACGCUGCUCCGCCCGCUGCAUGCUCCGGCGAUGCUCCGGUCGGCCGCUGCCGAGCUCCUCCGCCUGCUCGCUGUCUGCGCGCGGCGUCACCAGGCCCCUGCUCCAGCGUUGACCGGUUUUACAGGAUCCUCAACAAACGGCUCAAAUCCUCCACAUAUGACGGAUGGGUACUGGGAUGUAGUUUGGAACUUUCCAGGAUCGGGAUAUCCCAGGGGCAUGAACGACAUGUUGGAUGGUACCGAGUUCAGGGUGGUAUCUGCCACCGAGGAGCAAGUGGAGCUCUCUUUCAUGAGAACCUACGACCCAUCACGCCUCAACAGCAUCCCGCUCACCGUCGACAAGAGGCUGGUGAUGCUGAGAGGCGGCUCCGGGUUCUACUGCUACGCCAUCUUCGAGCACGCCGGCGGCUGGCCGGCCGUCGACGUCUCCGAGGCCCGGCUCGUCUUCAAGCUCGACCCCACGACGUUCAACUACAUGGCCAUCUCGGACGGGAUCCAGAGGUACAUGCCAGGGGCGGCGGACCGGGACGCGCCCCGGGCCAUGCCGCUGGCGUACAAGGAGGCCGUGCUGCUCGUGCACCCGUCGGAGCCGCAGUUCGCGGGGGAGGUGGACGACAAGUACCAGUACUCGAUGGACAACAAGGACAACCGCGUCCACGGCUGGAUUGCCGGUGCCCGUGGCGGCGGCGGCGUCCCGGUGCCGGUGGGGUUCUGGGUCGUCACCCCCAGCAACGAGUUCAAGAGCGGCGGCCCCCUCAAGCGCGAGCUCACCUCCCACAUCGGCCCCACCUCCUUGACCAUGUUCAUGGGGACUCAUUACAUCGGGAAGGAUAUGGUGGCGAAGAUCGAGGCCGGCGAGCACUGGAAGAAGGUCAUGGGGCCGGUGUUCAUCUACCUCAACUCCAACCCACAGCGGGGAGCGCUGUGGGAAGACGCCAAGGCGCAGGCGGAGGUCGAGGCGAGCAGAUGGCCGUACAGCUUCCCGGAGUCGCCGGACUUCCACAAGGCAGGCGAAAGGGGCUCGGUCACCGGUCGGUUGAUGGUCAGAGACAGGUACACGAGCGGCGGCGAGGACGUGCCCGCCCGGCUGGCAUACGUCGGCCUCGCCGCUCCUGGUCAGCCCGGCUCCUCGGCGACGGAGAGCAAGGGCUACCAGUUUUGGACGAGGGCGUCGGCGACCGGCGGCACGUUCACCAUUGACAACAUACGGUCAGGGGAGUACAACCUCUACGCCUGGGUCCCCGGGGUCCUCGGUGACUACAUGCGCACGGCUCCCGUGACGGUGGUGCCCGGCGGCGCCGUUGCCCUCGGCGACCUCGUGUUCGAGCCGCCCCGAUCGGGGCCGACGUUGUGGGAGAUCGGCGUGCCAGACCGGAGCGCCGCCGAGUUCUUCGUCCCCGAUCCCAACCCCAGGUACCUCAGCAAGCUCUUCGUCGCCAGGGACAAGUACAGGCAGUACGGGCUGUGGGAGCGGUACGCCGAGCUGUACCCCGCCGGCGACCCCGUCUUCACCAUCGGCGUGAGCAACCCCUUCAAGGACUGGUUCUUCGCGCAUGUCACAAGGAAGACGGGCAACGGCGAGAACGUGCCGACGACGCGGCGGAUCCGGUUCAACCUGCCCCGGGUCGCCGGCGGCGGCACCUACACGCUGCGCAUCGCCCUCGCGGCGGCGCACAUGUCCAAGCUGAAGGUGCAGGUGAACGGGGCGACGGGGAAGGGGUCGGCCGGGGGAGUGUUCUUGACGCCCGAGUUCGGGGACGACAACGCGAUCGCGCGGCACGGCGAGCACGGCAGGUGGUGGAGCUUCGAGUUCCCGAUCGACGGGCGGCUGCUCGUGCAAGGGGAGAAUACCAUCGGCAUCACGCAGCCGAGGGCGUCCAGCGUGUUCGUGGGGGUCAUGUUCGAUUACGUCCGGCUGGAAGGGCCGUCCGGUUGGGAUUCUGGCGUCACAACUAGUGCUGGCCUAGGCAAAAUCUUGCCUCUCCGUUUGCUAUGUGGGCUUGUCGUGCUACCAACAUUGAUAUUUCUGCUAAGUAGUCCAUGAUUACAAGUCCAUGGAUCUUUCCUCUUCCUUUUUGUUUUUUGUCACGCAAUAAU